AUGGACAACCAAACUUCUGUCACUGAAUUCCUCCUGCUGGGCUUCGCUCUCUCACCGGAGCUUCGGCUCCUCUCCUUCGCCAUCUUCCUGGCCAUCUACCUCUUCACGCUGCUUGGCAACAUGGUGAUCAUUGCCCUCUCCCAGCAGGAGGCCAGCCUGCACACUCCUAGCCAUUUCUCCUUUCUGGAGAUCUGCUACACCUCGGUCACAGUGCCCCGGCUGCUGGGAGAUUUCCACCACGGCCAUCGUGCCAUCUCCUUCCACGCCUGCAUCACCCAGAUGUACUUCUUCUUCUUCUUCGGCUCCACGGAGUUCUUCCUCCUGGCUACCAUGGCCUAUGAUCGGUACCUGGCCAUCUGCCACCCGCUGCGCUACCCAGUGCUCAUGGAUGGCCAGGCAUGUGCCCGGCUGGCUUUUGGCUCCUGGGUGAGUGGCUUCCUUACUCCCUUCCUGCCCACAGCCUUCAUCUCCCAACUGCCCUUCUCCGGCACCAACCACAUCAACCACUUCUUCUGUGACACGGGGCCCCUGCUGAGGCUGUCAACCGGGGACACUCAGGUGGCCAACAUCUCGGUUUUCUUGGUGUCGGUGGUGGUGGUGCUCAGCUCCUUUCUCCUGACCCUCACCUCCUACACCCUGAUCAUCUCUACCAUCUGCCGUAUCCCGUCGGCCACGGGCCGACACAAAGCGUUCUCCACGUGCACCAGCCACCUCACCGUCGUCACCAUCUUCUAUGGCACAGUCAUAUUCAUGUAUGUUCGUCCAGGAUCCGGCCGGGCCUCCGACAUGGACAAAAUGGUGUCGAUCUUCUCUAUACCCUGA